UCUCUGACGCCACUCGUCCUUUUGGGCCAUAGGAGGUCGUUGCUGAGGCCUACCCGAGUCCUGCCGGCUGGCUCUUUCCCAAUGCUGUCGUUUACCCUCCGCUCCGGGGCAUUUGCCCCGUACCUGUCCGCCACCUCAAACACGGUGGCGUCGCAGCUGAAGCCCCUGGUACCCGGCUUGGUUUCCAAGGCUGACGCAGUGUUGCUGGACCUGAAGCGGCCGUUUCUGUGCAGGGAGUCGCUGAUGGGCCAGGCGCCCCGGAGCGGUGCUGCCGCCACCGCCGGCCUCAACGUUUUGUCUACAAUUCGAUAUGCACACAGUGAUGUCACCAUUCCAGAUUUCUCUGACUAUAGACGGCAAGAUGUUCAAGAUUCCAAAAAGUCUUCACAGAGCAGCAGUGAUACCAGGAAAGGGUUCUCCUACUUGCUGACUGGGACUACAGCUGUUUUGGGUGCCUAUGCUGCAAAGAAUGUUGUCACCCAGUUCGUCACAAGCAUGAGUGCCUCUGCUGAUGUGCUGGCAUUGUCUAAGAUCGAAGUUAAGUUGGGUGAUAUUCCAGAAGGCAAGAACGUGACCUUCAAAUGGAGAGGCAAGCCUCUUUUCAUCCGCCACCGUUCAUCCAAGGAAAUUGAGACUGAGCAGGCAGUGAGCCUAGCUGAGUUGCGUGAUCCACAGUUAGAUUCUGAUAGAGUAAAAGAUCCCCAAUGGAUGAUUGUCAUUGGUGUCUGCACUCACCUGGGCUGUGUACCAAUAGCAAAUGCAGGUGAAUAUGGUGGCUACUACUGUCCCUGCCAUGGAUCCCACUAUGAUGCAUCAGGGAGAAUCAGAAAAGGCCCAGCUCCUCUUAAUCUGGAAGUUCCUCCAUAUGAAUUCAUUAAUGAAGAAGUUAUCAUUGUAGGUUAAAUUUGAUAACUUUAAAUUGAAGACCUUCCUGUUUUACUGCUGUGUUAUCAAUACUAUGGCAAAUUGAACAUUCAUUGCACCAACCUGUUAUGGUAUUUCUUGUGAUUUACUUUUGGAAUGGGAGCAGUAUGGUGUAAGCCAUGCUUGUCUUCAAUAAAUAUCCAUUUUACCUUG